AUGAAAAGCUCAAGAAAAGAGACUUAAAAGAUGAAAGCCUUUAAUAUUCUUCAUCUUGAACAUGUAGCCAAUCGAAUAGAUUAAUUACUCAAUCCUACUUCUAGAGAAUAAUUCACUUAAGUGAGAUAAAUCAAACCAGGAAUCAAAUUUGUUAUUAACAAUAAAUUGACGCCUUAUAAGUAAAGAUAAUCAGUUUUUGAAUAAAUUUAAUCUUCCAGAUCUAGCAUUAUUCAAACUUAAGACAGAUAAAGAAGGUAGCAUAAUAACUCUUCAAAAAGUUCAUCUUUUUUGGAAAAAAAAAUAAAUUAAUUAAAAAAAGAGCUUGGCAAUUUAUAAAAAGCUAGACUAUUUGAAAAAAAUAAACCUAUUCAUUCUGUUCAUAAAAUGGCUCUCUAUAAUAAUUUAUAAGAGAUUCAGGAUCAAAAAUUGCUAAUAAUAGACAAGAAACCAUAAUCAGCUAGGAAAGUUAUUGAUAAAUCUAUAGAGGAGUUGAAUGGUCCUUUGAAAAAGAAGCCACAAUAACAUAUGUUUUUAUAAAAUAUUGUUAUCGAAAAUUCAUCAAAUCAAUUAGAACCAUCUGUUAUUUGUAUACCAACACCAGAAAUAAAAGCAAAGGUGAAAUUGAUUCCUACUCAUUAAAGAAGUGUUAGUUAAGGUUUGAUAACCCAAUAAAAGAGACCUGUAAAGAUAUGGAACAAUGAUCUUAUUGAAUUUAAAGGUUGGGAUGUAGAAGAAGAAGAUGAUUACUUAAGAUUAGGAUGA